AUGCCACGUAAGCUACGUAAGAAUAUACGUAAGAGGAAGGGAGCAUUGAAACAUCCAAUAGUAAAACUGACACCACAACAACAGUUGCAACAACAAAUUAUGAAUGACCCCACUAUGUUGCAACAAAUGUCAAGCAACCCUAUGCUUUUAAACCGAGUUAUUGGUGCACAGAGUGGAGGUUUAAGAGCGGCACUUUUAGCGAAAAUGGCAGGCUAUGGUGGAGCUGCAGACGGAACAGCUUAUAACCCUCAAAGUCAAAUGAAUUUGAGUUCACUCAAAAAUCAAAUAACAGAUGUCAAAAAGUCAAACAUAGACAUACAGAAACAAAUAAGUGAAAACGAAAAGAAACUAGAAUAUGACAGACACACAAAGAAACUCAAUGAGUUAAACGUAGAGAAAAAGAAGAAAGAAGAACAACUGAAAGAACUAAGUACAGAGGAAUACGCGAAAAAAGUGUCAGAAAAAGCAGCAGAAGUAGCAAAAAUGGAACAAGAUGUUAUAAAUUUGAAAAACCAUACUACUCAAUAUAAAGUACUGAAAGAUGAAGAGAUAAAACAAAAAGCCCUGAAGACAUAUAUGGAUAGCGAUGAGUAUAAAAAAGAAGUUGAAGCAAAUGUAAAGGCAGAAAAACUUUUACAGUUGCAAAACCAAACCGUACAGUAUGAAAACUUAGCACAAGAAAGUAAAAAUAACGACACAGCCAUGCAAAAGGCAAUGAAAAGCGCAGAAUAUAUAAAAGCUAAUAAUGACUGGUUAGAUGCCCAAGCCAACGCUAAAGCAGCCCAACUUAUAGGGUCAAUAAGGACAAAAAUACAAGCGGAUGAAGACAGUUCAAAUGAAGCUUUAAUGAAUGCUGACUUUAAGAAUGCCUUCGAAGCUCUUCAUAGUAAGGUGAAACUAGUGAACGACUUCUCAUCUGGAAAGAAACUGAAGUCUGAAGGUUUCGACAAAGAGUUAAGAGAAGUAGCACAAAAUAUGACGAAAAUAACAGAUGCAGCAACGAGACAGGCAGUUCAAAGUGCCUAUGACGCCGUUAGAGCAACUGUUGUGGAAAGUCAAGAAAAAGAGUUACAACAGACCAAAACAGACCUAGUAAAUGCUUUCUUAAAAACGAAAAGUCAGGUAGGACAUUAUGCUGCAGAUGGAACAUAUGUGCCAGCUGGUGGAACUUAUAUACCAGUUGGUGGAA